AUGGCCGACUUCCCGGACGCCCCGACCACGGCUCCUUCUGCCAACGGUAACUCCUACAUCCAGGCCACCAAGGACAACGCUGCUGCUGCCUACCAGCAAAUUUCCAACGGCCCUGUCGCCCAGAAUGUCAAAGACCAGUCCGCAAAGGCUUCCGUCGAGCUCGGUAACCUCGCCGCCUCUCGCAGAACUCCUUCCAACCCCGCGGCCACUGGCCAACCCUUGACUCACUACCACUCCUUCUUUUUCGAGCUUAUCUCGUGGAACAACCCUCGUGCCUCCGCCAUUGCUUACGCCUCCAUCGUCACAUUCAUCUUCGCUGCCCGCUACCUCGAUAUUCUGCGGUACAGCUUGAAGCUGACCUGGAUGGUGCUGGGCACCACCGUUCUGGCCGAGCUCGCUGGCAAGCUCGUCCUCAACAACGGUCUGGCCACCCAGCUCCGCCCUCGCCGAUACUACGUCAUCCCCAGAGAUACACUCGAUGCGAUGAUUGGAGACGUCCACGAGCUCAUCAACUUCUUCGUUAUCGAGUCUCAGCGCAUUCUCUUUGCUGAGAACGUUGGUGCUUCUGCUGCUGCCUUCCUUGGUGCCUUUAUCGCCUACUACCUCGUCAAGAUCGUGCCAUUCUGGGGUCUUUCUCUCAUCGCCACCACUGCGGUCUUUGGAAUUCCCCUGAUUUACACCUCCAACCAGGAGCUCAUUGACGCUCAACUGAAGCAGGCUGGCGAGGUAAUCAACCAGCAAACAAGCCAGUUCCGCAGCGUUGCAAGCAAGCACACUGCCCAAGCUGCCGACAUCACCAAGCAGUACGUGGGCGACUACACUGCCAAGGCCCAGCAGUUGAUCGGCCGUCGCUCCGCCUCUCCCGAAGCUGCCCCCAAGUCCGCCCCCACUCCUGCCCCUGCCCCUGCUCCUGCUCCUGCCGCCCCCGCGGUCAAGGAGAACGACUUCCCCGCUGCCCCCAGCACCGAGCUCAAGAACGAGGAGCCCGUUGUUCCCGACGAGAAGACCCCCAUGGUUGCCUCCUAA